AUGACAUUACCUUUCGAAGAUCUUAAUAGAAUAUUUAAAGAGUUGUCGAGAAAAGACUUGCACUCUUGCUCUCUUGUAAAUCGAACUUGGAGUUUGGUUGCCUUGCCAAUGCUUUGGCGUAACUUUCCUUUGUACACCGUUAAAACAAUAAGUACUUUAAUUUCCUGUUUAUCGGAGCAAGCUAAAGAUGAUUUAAAGAAAAUGGGCAUUCGUUUGGAAAAUUGGAUGAAACUCGGAUCAAGCAUUGAUUAUCCAUCCUAUAUGUCAAGUUUAGAUUAUUCAACCUUGCUGAGAAAUGUUCAUUGUUUGUUAUCCAAGCAAAUAAAUCAAGAACAACAAUUGAAAUGCUUAAUGUAUCAUUUGAUGGAGUACCUCUGCAAAUUAUUAAUGAAUCGAUGCGUCAAUCUAGUAAACCUAGAAUUUAAUCAUAUAACAUUGAUUGAAGCAAAUUACAUUCUCAUUAUACCUUUUUAUCACUUUCCAGGAGCAAAUGAUUCCCUUAUCAAUAUUACAUCUUUGACUUUGGAUUGUAAACUUACUUAUAGUGAUCAGUUUUUUUAUGCACUUUCCGGAGUUUGUAAACGUGUCAAGAAAUUAUCCCUCCUUCAUUCAAAAGACAGCAAUUCUUUGAUUUAUUUUAUAACGUCUCUGGAUCAUUUAGAGGAAUUAUAUAUUGGGGAUAGCAGCGCUUUUUUUCAAGCAAAGAGUACAUCAGAACAAUUGGAACAACAAGCACAAUCACUUAAAGGACUUGAACUACAUUAUAGUUCAGUUUCGAAAUCAUUCUUAAGUCAAUGCAUUAAUUUAAAAGUUUUAACAAUUUAUGGAGAUUACUUCUUUCGGAAUAUUGAAAGCUUGAACGAUAUUGAGCUUAUUAAACUUGAGGAAAUCUGUAUCGAUGAAGUAAACGAAGUAAGUAAGAAUAAAAUCACAAAACUCUUACUUAAUACCAAAGAUAUUCUCAAAAGGAUUUCAUUAAAAGGGGAUUUUAAUCAAUCGAUUGAUCUUACCAAAGCAAUUGUGUACAAUUGUGCAAAUUUAGUUUAUUUUAAUGGAAUAUUUGAUGAUUCUUUAACUGGUUUGUUAGCAACAUUUGUUCAAAAUUGCCCAUUUCUUGAAAUCUUUGAAGUUUAUAAUAAUGAUUUAGAUGAUGAUUCAACUAAUAUUAAAAUUAGUGUUGAAUUAAAACGUUUGGGUGACAUCAUUACGGGAAAUCUUAAAAAAUUACGAUUAAAAGAAUCAUGGAUUUACGAUAUUGAUUCUUUGGAUUAUUUUAUGAAAAGUUGUUUUGAAAAAUUGAAGGGAAGAUUUGAAUUUUACAUCAAUCUUAAGAAACUUGAUAACAUGCAGAAUUAUUAUGGCAAAAAGGUUUUGUUUAAAGAUUAUUGCAAAGGACUUAUGCAUGUAGAAUUGAUAUGUUAA